AUGGCGACUGCUGACCUCAACGAAGCUCCAUAUACCACCUCUCAGGAGUCAGAUAAGGUAGAACCCCUCGAUAAAACGAUUACUUUCUCUCACCCAACUCAAGACCAAGCAAAGCAACCCACCACUGCCAUGUCUACUACAAAAUUCGAGACUCCCUCACACAAAAUCCACAUCUGUCUUUGGUUCGAGAAGGACGGCAUCAAGGCCGCCGAGCACUACAUAUCCCUAUUCAACAACUCCCGCAUAAUUUUCAGCGACGAUACGCUGGUCUCAUUCAUUAUCGACGGACAGCAGAUAACAAUUCUAAACGGUGGCCCCCAUUACAAGCUCUCACCUGCCGCGUCACUAUUCAUAGUUUGUGAUGGCCAGGAGGAGAUCGAUCGUCUGUGGACGGCAUUGACGGCAGAUGGCGGCAAGGAGCUCCAGUGUGGUUGGCUCACCGAUAAAUUCGGCGUCUCAUGGCAGGUUGUACCCGGCUCUCUGUUGGAAAUGAUUAACGACCCCGACGAGGAGAAGGCAAAGAGGACGCGUGAGGUGAUGCUGAAAAGCGUCAAAUUUGAUAUCCAGACCUUGAAGAACGCCUAUAACGGGAGCGAUUAA